AUGGUAACUACAAUCCAACAAGCCUUGCGCCCUCUUUUUGUUACGUACUUCAUUAUGGGAUUGAACUCUUAUCCCAUAAAACAACCAACAUCUAAGAUUCCAUGGAUUACGUGCUUAAGUAUCUUAUAUUCUUUGAUAAUUUGGUCCAUCUAUGCUUAUCUUUAUUAUUACACAGUGACAUUAUUUACAUGGAAGAAAUUAUUUCUAUCCACGAUAUAUGUGAUUGUUGUCAUGAUUAACAGUAGUACCACAAUUGUAUCUGUGAUUAUGGGUUUCUAUCAUCAAGAGAAAUUUAAGAUAUGCAUAAAAAGACUUGCUGCUGUAAAUGAUACUUUGGAAGAAUUGGGCACUCCAAAGGCGUAUCGAAAGAUGCACAUGUAUUCGAAACAAGUAAUAAUUGGAUGGAUUGUAUACUAUGUUAUUUUAAACUUUUACGAAUUACUAAUGUGCCUGUACGAAAAUCAAAAGAUCACUUGGAUAUUAUUACGAACUUGUAUACUAAAUCAUUGUUCUCAUAUUAAUACAUUCGUGGAUUUCUUAUUUAUCUUUUUCUUAUGGUAUAUCGGUACUGGAUUUGACAAAGUCAACGAGCAUAUGCGAUAUCUAUUGACGAACAAAAAACGUACACCAAAUGGGAAAAAACUUGUAAUCGCCUUUCAUCGAUAUGUCAUCUGUACUGAUGAUUACAAACGAAUAUUGUGGACCUUAAUGCAUCUUCAUUUAGAAUUAUGUCGCAUUACUCGCGAAUUGAACUCAAUAUUUGGAACGCAAAUGACUUUUGAAAUGGUGUUUUAUAUUACAAACAUAACAAUCAUAUGCUCCUCUUUAAAUAAAUUGCUAAUGGAGUAUCGAGAAGAAUUAUCAUUAUAUCAGUGGUUUCUUAUAAGCUGUGGGACUAUGAUAUUUAUAGUGAGGCUUUAUGUGGUACAUUAUAUUUGCGAAUGUGUUAAGGUUAAGAAACUUAAGAUGUGCAUAAAAAGGCUUGCUGCUGUUAAUGAUACUUUGGAACAAUUGGGCACUCCAAAGGCGUAUCGAAAGAUAUACAUGUGUUCGAAACAAAAACUUAAGAUGUGCAUAAAAAGGCUUGCUGCUGUUAAUGAUACUUUGGAACAAUUGGGCACUCCAAAGGCGUAUCUUGGUACUAGAUUUGACAAAGUAAAUGAGCAUAUGCAAUAUCUAUUGAUGAACAAGAAGCAUAUACCAAAUGGCAAUAAACCUGUAGUCGCCCUUCAUCGACAUGUUAUCUGUACUGAUGAUUACAAACGAAUAUUGUGGACUUUAAUGUAA